UGCUGAUGGGUGGGGCUGUUUAUGACUCAAAGUGACGCAGCCUAGACAAUUGACUGUGCCAGGAAUGUCUACGGCUGAAAUGUUAAAGUGCAUCGAGCAUAGUAUUCUAUGACCGUGGCGGCGGUUAGUUGCGAGUUACGUUAUUGUAUGGGUGGUGCCGAUGCCUGUAAUCAGAGAUUAUUUCGUUUACGUGGGGUGUCCGUGAAAAUCGUGGUGAUUUUUCGUUCCUCAUUGGCAGCUUAGCGACUUACAGAUCAACCCGUGCGCCUGGGCGUUUCACAGAGGCUUCAGCUCAAGUGAGAGAGCUGCUCUUGCACCGUGAAGUCAAGCAUUGUGUUAGUGGUCGGUGCCUAUUUCAUAUUUGGAUUCAUUAAUUAAACUGUGUUCAUAUGUGUCCAACGUGAUAUUGGCACACAAGUGACGACUGAAACAUUUGUGAGCUAAAUGUGAGACCCGCUGUAGUGAUGUGACGUGUGAUACCUACAUCAAGAUAAUGUCGAGGCUGGCAGAUUACUUUGUAGUGGUUGGAUACAACCAUGAAAAAGACAAACAAGGUGUCAGCUGCGGAAAAAUCCUACAGCGAUUCCCUGUCACCGACUGGGAUGACACCGCCUUCAUCGAUGGCAUCGAGCUGUUCUGCCAGCCACAGGGCUGGGCGCUCUCCACCGAGCGUCUGGAGCCGCGCUUCUUCGUCUCUGUUCUCACAGACGUGGAUGCCGAGCGACACUACUGCGCUUGUCUCACGUUCAACGAGACGGUCACCAUCCAGCCCAGCAAGCCAGUCGAUGAGGAGGAGGAGACCUUCAGUGGCGAGAGGAACGGCCUGCAGCGUCUGCCGACCAUCACCCACCACAGCGUCAUGUACGCACCCAAGGCGCUGGUGCUCGUCUCGCGACUGGACUACUUCGUCACAUUCCGGAACUGUUUGGGCAUUUUGUACGCGGUCUACAUGGACAGUUUAGGUCCCGAGCUGGAGGCGCUAGUAGGCAAUAUUCUAGGCUGUGUUCAGGUUCCCCCUCCGGGCGGCCCCCAGGUGCGGUUCAGUAUCGGUGCCGGUGACCGACAGGCGCUGCAGCCGCCGCUAUCCCCCUCCAUACCGACCACGGGAGUGGCGGUGGCACAGCUGUUCGGGCAGCUCGGCAUUAAGAACGUAAUGACGCUGUUCUGUGCGGCGAUGACGGAGCACAAGAUCCUGGUGCACUCGACGGCCUACUCACGGCUGACGGAAGCGUGCCACGCGCUCACUUCGCUCAUGUACCCCUUCAAGUACAGUUACGUGUACAUCCCGGUGUUGCCGUCGUCUCUUCUGGAGGUGGUGACCACGCCGACUCCCUUCAUCAUGGGAGCGCAUUCGUCCGUACUGCACGGCAUGCCAGACCUGAUGGACGUCAUCGUGGCAGACCUGGACGGCGGCUGUGUCAGCGUGCCCGAGUCGUGUAUGAUUCCCCAGCUGCCCGAGCCGGUCCGCUCGCUGGCACUUCACAGCCUCUCACAGGUGCUGCAUCCCGAGCUGCACCGGUCCGACUUCGCCUUCCCCACACCUGUGCGGCCCUCGGCGCCCAUGAUCCUGGACAAGGAGAUCCGCGCCGUGUUUCUGCGGAUGUUUGGCCAGCUGCUGCAGGGCUACCGCAACUGUCUGACGCUCAUCCGGAUACACCCCACGCCAGUCAUCACCUUCCACAAGGCAUCGUUUCUAGGCCAGCGCGGCAUGGUGGACUGCUCCUUCACGGCCCGCCUCCUGGACUGCAUGUUCUUCACCUCGUUCAUCGCCGAGCGCGGCCCGCCCUGGAGGCCGUGUGACAUCUUUGACGAGGUGUACUGCGGCGUCAACGAGAUGGUGCGGCAGGAGACGGCUGACCGGAGUUUGACCGUCACACAUGUGCAGGAGCUGGCGCAGAACCUGUACAACAACGAGAUCCCCAGUCAGCAGCCGUACGUGGAGAAGAUCCCGCGGCCCACUGAGGGCUCGUUCCGGCGUAUCCACCAGCCCGUGUUCCCCACGCUGAACGUGCACGCUGUCCAGCAAGUCAUCGAGGAGGGUCGCUCCAAGACCAACCUCAAACAGAGCCACGCAUCUGGCGAGCGGUUGGCGGCCAUCAAGCCUCAGCCGAACCGGAUCGUGCCGAUGGGUCCUCACAUCUCCACCCUGCAGCAGGAUGGCCGACAGAUCGUCAACAACUCGGCAAGGCGGCUCGAGGUGCUGCGAAACUGCGUCAGCUGCAUCUUUGAGUCGAAGAUCUCGGACGCACGCAAGUCUUUCCCGGCCGUGCUGCGUGCGCUGAAGAACAAGUCUGCGCGUCUGGCGCUAUGCCACGAGCUCUCGCAGCACGUGAUCGGCAACAAGGCCAUCCUGGACAACGAGCAGUUCGAGCUGGUGGUGCGACUGAUGAACUGCGCCCUGCAGGACGACUCUACAAUGGACGAGCACGGUGUGGCGGCGGCCAUCCUGCCUCUGGCCACCGCCUUCUGUCGACGGCUCUGUACGGGCGUCAUACAGUUCGCCUACACAUGUAUCCAGGAGCACACGGUGUGGGGUAACCUGCAGUUCUGGGAGGCGGCCUACUACCAGGACGUGCAGCGGGACGUACAGAGGCUGUACGCGCCGCGCCACGAGGGCCGCUACGGCGUCAUAGACGCCACCGGCUCUCAGUUCGGCUCACUGGAGGGCGACAGGGACCCGGGCGCCCCCGGCUGGCGGCCCGACAGGAAGACCGCCGAGCCGGCUGUGCUGGAGCUGGCGGCCGACCAGCUGCGCAUGAGGUCACAGCUGGAGGAAGCCAAGCUUCAGGAGCUGUCCAGUACCGAGGAGUCCACCGUGUACAGUCAGGCCAUCCACUAUGCCAACCGCAUCGUGUACCUGCGCGUACCUCUGGACGUGGUCUCACACCGGCAGCGGAUGAACAACUACAACGAGCGCGGCGAGAGCAACAGCAACAGUGUCACCAACAGCGUGGCGGACGCGGAGACGGACAGUCUGACGGCCGAGUCGGGGUUCGAGGACCAGGAGGUGACCUCUGCUGGCGUGGAGGUGACCCGCUUCGUGUCCCGCUUCGUCGACAAGGUCUGCACCGAGGGACACGUCACACAGGAGCACAUCAGGCAACUACAUCAGAUGGUGCCCGGUGUAGUGGCCAUGCACAUCGAGACGCUGGAGGCGGUCAGCAAAGAGUCCAAGCGGCUGCCGUCAACAAAGAAGCCGAAGAUCCUGAUGCCGUCACUGCUGCCGGGCGAAGAGCUGCUGCUUGAGGCAGUGCGCUCCUACCUUCUCCCCGACGGACGGGAGGAGAUGACGGGAGCCCUCGGUGGUCCGGCCUUCCUGCCCGCCGAGGGAGCCUUCUUCAUCACAAACUACCGGCUCAUCUUCAAGGGCGCGCCCUGUGACGCGUUUGCGAGCGAGCUGGCCAUCGUACGAUCGCUACCCAUCUCCUCCCUGACCAAGGAGAAGCGAAUCAGCGUCCAGUACCUGCCCCACCUGGACCAGUGGCUCCAGGAGGGACUCCAGCUCCGGUCCAACACAUUCCAGCUGAUUAAGCUGGCGUUUGACGAGGAAGUGACGGCUGAGUCCAUCGAGAGGCUGAAGAAGCUCAUCCAGCGGUUACGCGCGCCGCCGAGCAUCGCCGAGCUGUUCGCCUUCCGCGGCCAGCACUUUGUCGCCGCGUCAGCCGGCUCCAAGGACAAACAGAAAAACGCCACGCUACGGGGGUUCGCCAAGAAGACCCUGCUACGCACGGCGCGGAAAGCGGGCCUAAAAACCAAGGCGUCCAAGCGGCAGAAGUACGUUCUGUCGGUGGACGGGCGCGCAAUGACGUCACCGGGACGGAUGAGUCUGCCGCCGGCCGACAGCCUCGAGUACCUGCCCGGACACGAGGAUGAACUGUCUGGUAAGAGGGGCGCCGAGGUCAGGAGUGCGAUGAAAGGAAGACAGAGAGAAUAG